AUGUCUUCACUUCUGAAUAAGCUCACGGGCUCGACUAAGACUCAUCACACUGAGAAUAUGCAGCCCACAGCCACUACCACCACUCCUCAUCGAGAGAACCUCCAUCAAGGUAACCUUCGCGAAGAGCCGAGGUAUCAGGAGAACGUCUACGAUAACAAUGUUGGCCGAACCAGUCAUGGCAGAAAUGACCUGGGCCACGAGAACUUGAGGCAGAAUGAAGUUCCUAUCCAGAGCAACCUCCUCCCUCACGAGAACGUCGGCACAACCGGCCACGGCAGACACGACUUGGCCUCUGACAACCUGAGGCGACAUGAUGCCCCUAUUCAUAACAACGUUCCUCACCAUGGCCAUGGCACAGCCAGGACUGGCCCCGUCCAUAAUGCCUAUGAGAACAACGUUGGCCGAACCAGCCAUGGCAGAAAUGACCUGGGCCACGAGAACUUGAGGCGAAAUGAAGUUCCUAUCCAGAGCAACCUCCUCCCUCACGAGAACGUCGGCACAACCGGCCACAGCACACACGACUUCGCUUCUGACAACCUGAGAAGACAUGACGUCCCCGCCCAGAGCAACAUCUCUCAUGGAAAUGCCCACCCAGCCGAUCACGGCAGACACGAUUUGGCCUCGGACAGCCUAGGACGACACGACAUCCCCGCUCAGAGCAACAUCUCUCAUGGGAAUGCUCACCCAACCGAUCACGGCAGACACGAUUUGGCCUCGGACAGCCUAGGACGACACGACGUCCCUGCUCCGAGCAAUCAUCACCACCAGCACUCCAGCACCAUCGAGACCGGCCCUGUCCACAACAGCGAGGUGCUGAACAAGCUUGACCCUCGCGUUCACGAGCACAAGGACAGGACUGCGACAACCGACCACACACUGACUGGCACGACACAUGGCCAAGUGCCCUUGGACGCUGCCCGAGUGCCCCCUUCAGUUAUGCAGGAGCAUUUGGGUCCCCCAACCAUUGAGCACGACUUUCCUCACGACAGCAAGCACAAGAGGCACUCCGUCAGCCACCAGGAGGCUCACAUCUUGCGAUAA